AUGGAGCAGGUGGAAGCAGGAUUGGAUGACAGAAAGUGGAGGACCGGUUUUCUGGACCUGUUAAAGAAAGCAGGGGUAACUGGUGGUUUCAGGAAGAAAUUGGAAGAAGGAUUGGAUUUAUAUUCUGUCGGUGCAGUAAAGAGGGUUGGGAAAUGUAGAUGGACUGUUGGUCUAGAAGAAGAUGAAGCACGGGUCGAACCGUGCCAAGUCAUGGCCAUCAGAGACGACGAAGGCAACACAAAAUACCCCUGCUCUUGCUCCAUCAGUUCAUGCGAGCAUAUGGUUGCUGUAGAGUUCUUCAAGCUCAGCAGGGACAGGAACGACAAAGAUGCGGAUGAGGACAUGGACAUCGAUGACGACAUGACCAACCCUCUUCUCGAGCUAAACACUCGGUUGAUCACCCCAACGACCAUCCGAUCCGUCCCUGUCAGUGACAGUCACCCCCUCCUCACGAAUCCAGAGGAGCCUCAUCACCAAGAGCACGACACCAUCGGAGCUGUCAUCGAAAUGGCAGUGCACAUUGAUCCUGCUCGAGCUGAUCAUUUCGAGAUCCAACACCGAGGGGGAGAUCCUAUGCGACAAGAUGAAGAAGAAGACGAGGAUUGGAUUUAUUUUGCGGGUUCGAUGCAACAGUUGAUCAAGUCGUUCAGAUUGGACUUCACGCCGUUCCGAAGGCCAAGCAAGCAGAGGUAG